AUGGCGUACAGGAAGCUGAGAAUGAAAGACCGUGAGCGGGGGGAAAAGGAGCAGCAGCUGUCAGCGGCAGAGAAGAGACUGAAACUGGCUGCAGAAGAAACGCAGAACUACAGGCACCAAAUUGAUCAAAUGCGGCAACAAGUGCAGCAAGCAGAGUUCACCUUCAGACACCAGAUGGCUGUGUAUGAGAAGAAUGCUCACGACAAUUGGAUCAAGGCUCGGAUUUGGGAGAGGGAGAUAGCAGAGCAGAGCAGGGAAGCCGCCCACUUGAAACACAGAUUGGAGAUAAUGUCCAAAAAGAGGCUGCCCGAGGGAUACAGGCUGCACAAACCAACGUCGGGAAGACCUGGGAUGCAGAACCCUCCACAGAGAGAUCCGGGACCUGUUUCUGCGGCUGUGAGGAGCAGCAGCUCCGGGGGCAAGGUCAAUGUUGAGGCAAGAGGGCCUCCUCCUUUUGCAGCACCACCCUGCACAACCAACCCUGUAGGCUCUGGGCCACAUCUGUCUCCUCCAUCCUGGAGGCCUCUAGGCCCUCACCCACCGCCUCCACGUGUCCCACUCGUCGGGGGAAGCAGCCAGCCCGCCAGCAGCUCUGGGGACACCAAGCUGAAACCGACUCGCCUGCCCGCGGUCUGCUGGGCCCGCGGCUUCCUGCGGCUGAACCGCUGCUUCCCGGCGGCGGACGGGCCCGCCCGGCGGCUCCUCCACCGCCUCCCGGCCCAGGCGGCGGCGGCUCCCCAGGCCGGCGGCCCCGCCCUCCCGCGUGCCCUCCAGCGCCGCCCGCCGGGCCGCCGGGGCGGCAGCGCAGCCAGGGCUGCUCGGGGAGGAGGCGAGGCUGUGGGGAGAGGACCCGGGAACCGCCUGGAUGAUGGAAACGCGCGGACACGCGCACGGGGGAGGCCGUGUGGGGACGGCCGCCUCCAGAGCGGCUGUCAUGGCGGCCGGCGCGAGGUGGCAGGAGGGGCGCUGGCACCGGGGACGUCACUGGGGCAGCGGGAGAAGGGGCCCGACCCCGCGGUGGGAAGUCAUCGGGAUGAGCGGAGGCCCCGGGUGACAGGGUGGGUGGGGAGGGUGACUGGAGACCCAUUGGUGAGGUCCCGGGCCAGGCCCCGGGCUCCAGGCAGCCCUCCCCCACCCCGGCGGUUGGCGCCCCACCCCACCCCCACCCCGGAGCCCCGUUGCCUAGGAACCCUCGGCGUGUUUGGACUCUUCGCCUCGCGCAGGCGCCGGUGCCCCACACUUGGCGGGACUGGCCGACUGGGCUGGACGCUUUGCGCCGAGCGGACCAGGUCAGCCCUGCAACCCGCGGCGAUGGCCUCCUGGUUUGGUGGCCUAGGCUCUGGCUUAGGCCAUUCCCUGGGGCAAGUGGGCGGCAGCGUGGCUUCCCUCACUGGACACAUCUCUAACUUCACCAAAGAUGUGCUGAGGAAGGGAAGGGAGAAGGCGGAAGAGUCACCGGACUCUGGGAGGACGGAGAUGGAGGACGUUCAGGCAAUUGUAGCGUCAGAGGAGAGACUGAGAACCCAAGCUUUGAGAAAAGCUGAAAUUGUGCAGCAGACCGUGGAGGAGAAAGACACAAGGCUUGCCUCCAUGAGAGAAGAAAACAGUCAUCUGAUAGAAGCCCUGGAACGACUGAGAGAACAGACUGGAACUGCACCUGUGGUUGACCCUAAAACCCUGGACAGGGUGACACGACUAGAAUCUGAGGUCUCUCAGGUGAUGGUGAUAAAAGGUCACCUGGAGGAGGAAGUAAAACAUCAUCAAAAGAUGAGUGAAAAACAAGACCAGAGGAAGACACAGCUCCUUCGAACUUUACAAGAGCAGAGACGGGAAAUGGAUGAACUUAAAUACCAGCGUGAGCAAAUGCAUAUGAAACACACUCAGCUCUUUUCAGCCAAAGAUGAGGAAAUUAAGAAUUUGCAAAACACGAUAAAACAACUGAAAACCCACUUGCCUGAAAAAACCCAGCACAUGCAGACAAAACAUUCGGAGAUUUGUCAAGUGGCAAAAGGUCAGAGUCUUAGUAUGCAAAACGGAAGUGAAAAGCAUGAUUUAUGUAAAGUUGAAAGUGAAAGAUUAGGAAAAGGAAGAAAAGAACAGGAAUGGGAGAUGAAACUUCGAACUGAAAAGACUGUCCCUUUGAAGGAGCAGAUUGAUCAGCCAUACAAAGAUGAGAUUGGUCAACUAACUCGGAUUAUCCAGCAAAAAGAGUUGGAGAUACAGCGUCUUCAUGCUAGAAUAGCUUCAGCUCCCUACAUCCAGGCUGUGAGCGACCUUCAGCAGCAAUUGCAAGCUUACGCUUUGGAAAGGGAACCAAUGUUAGCUGUUUUCAAUGAGAAGGUGAGGGAAAACAGCAACCUAAAAAGAGAGUAUCACAAAAUGAUGGACAUACUGGUUGCCAAAGAAGCAGACCUCGUGAAACUGCAAGAUGAAAAUACAAAAUGGUCCACGAGAUUUGAAAGUAGUGGUCAGGAUAUGUUUAGAGAAACUGUUCAGAACCUCUCACACAUCAUUCGAGCGAAAGACGUGGAAAUCGAUGCCUUGAGUCAGAAAUGUCAGACUUUAUGGACAAUCUUGCAGACAUCUGGCACUGGCGGUGAGGUUGGAGGUGUUACUGUGAAUCAGUUGGAGGAGCUUCUGCAGGAACGUGACACGUUACAGCAACAGGUCUCCCUAAUGGAGGACUGGACACAGCAGGUGAUGACUGCGGUGCACAACAUGAAGCGAGAGUCAGCCCAGCUUCAGAAAGAACUUCCACAGCUUCAGGCUCGGGUCUUGAUGGACAUUGAUAAUAAGUCUCAAGUACGGAUGGCCUCUACUGACCUGAUCCAAAAUUGUAAAGAGGAUGAAAUCCAAGUCACACAUUUGGCAAAGAAGUUAGCACGAAUGCAGCUCAACCUAGAGCAGCUGUGCAAUGCCAAGGAUGUUCUUUUAGGUCCACUUGACCUUACUGCACCACAGCCUCCCACCACAUCAUCACUCACUUCAGAGUCAGCCGACUCGCUGAAGGCAACUAGAUCUGAUGCAGCGAGUGAGUCUUCUAAAGCGCUCCCAGAAGAGAUAGAAGAGUUAAGGAAAUCGAUGGAGGAAAAAGAGGCUACCAUUCGAAGCCUCCGGGAGGAGAAUCAGAGACUGUCUGCUGCGAUUGCUGCCACCUCCGAACGAGAAAGAAAACAAUGCGAAGAAACAGAUUCCGAAAUCCAGCAGCUCAGGGAGAAACAGGAUGUUUUAGAAAACUUACUUCAGGAAAAAGAGCUCUUAGUCAACGCAAAAAGUGAGGAAUUACUUUCUUUGAGUGAAAAUUACACAACUGAAGUGAAUGAAAAUGAACUUUUGAGGCAGGCGGUAACAAACCUGAAGGAGAGAAUAUUACAUUUUGAAGUGGAUUUGUAUAAAGUAAAACGAGAAAAUGAAAAAAUACUAGAAAAGUCCAUGGAAAAGGAAACAGAAAACCGGGCAUUACAAGAGACGAAUAUGCGGCUUUCUAUGAUGCUGAGAGAGAAAGAGUUCGAAUCUGCUGCAGUGAAGAAGAAGGCUCUUGCUUUGGAGCAACUCCUGAAGGAACAAGAGCAGGGCCAGGCUGGGGAGUUAAACCAGCUUUUACACGCAGUUACGUCCAUGCAGGAAAAGACAGUUCUGUUUCAGCAGGAGAGAGAUGAAGUCGUGUUGGCACUGAAACAGCAACAAAUGGAAAACUGUGCCCUACAGAAUGAAGUUUGUCAUUUAAGGGAAAACGAAUUACGCUUAAGGCAGGAGCUAGAAAGAUCUCGUAACCAGGCUUUAGAGUCAGAAGAUGCUCAUCUCCGUGAAGUGCUGGUUGCAGAAGACAGAGCGGCUCAACUAAGAAAGAGAGUCACAACACUAGAGGAAAAGCUACUUUUAUCUUCCCAGGCAACGCAAAAGGCAAGCCAUCAAGCCAGGGUACAGGUGGAGUCACUGCAGGAACAAGUGAACGUUGUCACCAAGCAGAGAGAUGAAACCGCAUUACAGCUUUCUGUCUCCCAGGAACAAGAAAAGCAGUAUGCUCGAGCACUAGCCAACCUGAAGAUGGCACUAGCUGAAUGGAUGGAAAAGGCAGACGAUCUGGAAGGAAAACUGAUGUCCUUGCAGGGACGACUCGAUAAAGCCAAUGCCAUCUUGGAUCUGAAGGAGGAACAAGUUGGAGAAUUUAAAAAGCAAAGUGAGGUCCAACAGGAAAUGCUGGAUGAGGUGCAAAAGAAAUGGAUGAACUUAGUAAGCAGCAUGGAAGGAAAAGUAGACAAAGUCCUAGUGAGAAAGCUCUUCCUGGACUAUUUUCAAACACCCAAACGUGAACGUCAGGAAGUGUUACGAUUAAUGGGAAGCACUCUGGGAAUGAAAAGGGAAGAAAUGGAGUGGCUCAUCCAGGAAGAGCAAAGCGGCCUUACCAGGUGGAUGACUGGGUGGCUUGGAUCAAGAAGUGUCCCCAGCACACCUCUGACACCAAAUCAGCAAUCUGAUCUCAAUGGUUCUUUUUCAGAACUUUUUGUUAAAUUUCUAGAAACUGAGUCUCAUGUAGCUUUUCCACCACAAAAGCUCUCUGCUCAGGAUAGGAAGCCUCUAGAUGCACCCAGAAGGAAGAAACUGGCGAAAAAUGUACCAGCACGUCUUAACACCACCCUCGGAUCCACACCCAGAAAAUCAGAUGUGAAUGGCUGCUCCACAGCUGUGUCUCUUAUUGACCCACCCGGCCCUGGGACUGGGGGGUCGGGGCAUCUUCUUUUAAAUGCCGUUACUGAUGUUGUGCCCGCGUGUACACCUUUGCUCCUGUCACCUGCCAAGAGUGCUGCAGUUGCCCUGAAAAACACUUCAAAGCGGUAGAAGAUUCCAAGUCGGAGACGAGACAGCACUGUAGAGAA